UUCAUUUAAAGACGCCAUUUUGAGCCAUGACGCCGACCAAUUAGAUCCGUUCUCUUCAGUGUAAACGGAAGUGAACAUUGACCAACAACAAUUUCGUACCUUAGUGUUUUUAUUGUUGUUAUUUAGACGUUUAUUAACACCCUGGAACUCAGAAUAUGACUAAUUUAACUGCAUAGCCUCACAUACUUACACCCAGGUAGUAUUUAAUUCGCGUUGGAGACAGAACUUGGUUGGUAGAUAGUAAUGCUAGAUAGCUGCUAAUAAUGGCUAAAUGUAUGGUUUUUCACACUCAAAUAGCCUCCAUUAUGGAGGUGCUAGCGAAUGCAGCCGUUGCAGAGAUCUGUAAACUCGUAGACGACGACUAUGCAGUGUUUCGUUUGGAAAUAACUCAAAGCCAGAAAGAAAACAGGGCAUUGCGGAGGAAACUACAGCUACAAGAACUGAAGGUUGCACGGGAGCGCGCAGAGAGGACAACUCGAGAGCGCGUCCUCGCUAGUCGUCCCAGUAGUGUCAAAAUCCUCGACCGGUACAGAGGAAUGGCAAGAGGUGAAGGACAUCUCACUGGAGGCCACAGGAGCUUUGUGAAGCCAGUAGGACACAACGUGUGGAGAGAUGACCAACCAAUAGCUAUAGAUGAGGGCAGGGGAACCUCCACCCAGCAUGUUAUUGUGAAAGCGUCUGCAGAUGCAGAGGCUGCAGGUCCUGGGUUCAAGCUGGAAAGGUAUGAAGGAAAGGAGGACCCACCACACAGCAGAGACAUCCAGACUGGAGUGCUUGCUGUAGCUACGGAGGUCCCCACCCUCGCCCCAGCACUGCCCAGGGCCCAAUGCAGCAUCACGGAGGUCAGUGGAACGCUGAACACCGUCCUCAAGUCAGAGACAGACACUGAGACUUUAACGGUGGUGGAGCGACUGGGCGGUCCUCCUGCUCCCCGCUCAGAGUAUUUAGUUUACGGGAGCCCGAGGACGGUUCUGUUCCAUCAGGACUCAGGUGAUGCGUUACAGACUGGCAAUGAUCCGUCCUGUUCAUACGCUACAGACACAGAGAUGAUACCUGGUGACAUGCCUGUGGGCUUAGAUACACAGACUAAUUCAAUGAGAGGGGACUGGAACCGGUACAGUAGUAGUGUCUACUCUGAAAUGUGUCUAGAUAAGAAAGGGGAGGGUCUGGUCAUAGAUGAGGUGACUGUGAAAGUGGAGGGUGACAUUCCUCUGACAUGGAAUGCAGACGAGACUCACUUAGGAGAAGGACACUCUCAGGAAAACAAGAGUGACUUCUUAGACUACAGGGAAAGCUUAGAGCCAAAUCCAAAUAUCGCAACCCACUCCCCUUUACACACGCUCAAGGAUCGCGACCCAGUGUCCACGUCUAUGGCACCUUCCGAUUCACACAACCGUGCCCUUUUCGAUCAGGUAUUGAACUCAAACGACAGGGCUAGAGCCCAGGCUCAGGGAGGGGGAGCAACAUCAGGCGGUAAUAAGGAGAAACGGUUCUUCUGCAUGUUCUGUAACAAAGGCUUCAACUGCCCUCAGAAGGUGGAGAUUCACCAGAGGGUCCACAUAGGGGUGAAACCCUUCAGCUGUACCCAGUGUCACAUGCGCUUCUCCCUGGCUUGGAACCUGAAGAUCCACCAGAGGGUCCACACAGGGGAGAAACCUUACAGCUGUACCCAGUGUCACAUGCGCUUCUCCCACUCCUCCAGCCUGAAGAGGCACCAGAGGAUCCACACAGGGAAGAAACAAUUCAGCUGCCCCUAGUGUGGGAAGAUGUUCUCCCACCAGAACCAGCUGAUGAUGCACUUGAAGUUUCACACAGGAGAAAGGUUGUGGGAAGAGGUUCUCAUAGAGGAGCUACCUCAGGAUACAUAAGCAGAAAAAACAUUUCACUCUAUAAUAUAGAAAAGUAACCAUUUCACUUGAUAGCUUCUGACAUUUAGAUCAAACCUUGCAUUAAAGACAGAGAUACAUUUUCAUUUGGAAUAACAAGAGUAACAGAUUUCAGUGUUGAAUAUUCCUGUGUAGAAUAUUGCAUUGAGACAGUGGCCUUGUCCGAAUACCCAUACUAGCCAUAAUACCCAAACUGCAUACUAAUUUCGGCAUUGGAUCUAGUAGAAUUCACUCACCUUUUCCCACUCACGUAUUUGACAACACCUGAUCAUCAGAUAAAUUAAUGCUCUGUACCAAAAUGAACAAAUGGCGGGAGUCUACAUAAAUCACACAAUAGAUGAUGCAUUCGGUGUACUAUUUUCAACAUUUCAUAUACUAUAGAAUUGUAUUUUUCGGGAUACUAUUUAUUACGCUACUAUGGAUUCGGACACGGCCAUUGUGUGAUAUAAGGCAUAUAUAAGCGUAAAAAGUCUGUUACAUAUCGUGUUUGUACUGUGUAGGCUAUAUGAUGUUCACAAAUGCCUAUUUCAUUACUUCCAUUCAACUACUUGAUUUUUUUCCCAAGACACUUUUCAAUUAGAAAAAUAAUGCAGUUUGUCAAAUUCAUGCAGAUUUUUUGUUGAGACAUUACAUUUGAGAUUUUGGGUCAUUUUAGCAGAUGCGCUUAUCCAGAGCGACUUACAAUUUUUGCAUUCAUCUUAAGAAAGCUGGGUGAGACAACCACAUAACACAGUCAUAGCAAGUACAUUUUCCCUCAUUAAAGUACUUAUCAGCAACGUUCGGGCAGGGACUCUUCUGUCUUAGCUUCAGGGGGAAGCUGGUUCCACCAUUGGGGUACCAGCACAGAGAAGAGCUUUGACUGGGCUGAGAAGGAGCUGAUCCCUCGUAGGGGUGGGACAGCCAAGAGACCAGAGGAGGCAGAAUAGAGUGCUCGGGUUGGGGUGUUGGGUUUGAGCAUAGCCUGAAGGUAGGAAAGGGCAGUUCCC